AAUUCUGAAAUAGAAUGAUCAAAAUAAGAUUCUGCUCGGGCGGUGGCAGCAGCAUCGCGGUAUAUUCGUUUUUCGUUUAUAAUUAAAGCAGCUGAAAAAAAUUCAAGUAAAAAAAAAUUUGCAAAAAAAAAAAAAAAAAAAAAAAGAGAAACCGCCGACGGCAGCGAUGGUCGAGAGCGGUGUUGCUGCGGCGGCGGAGCAGAGACAGGCCACCACCGUGAACACAGCUGAGAGCACCAAGAGCGACGACGUGAACGGUCCUUCCUCAUCUGACCGCCCAAUUCGUGUCUACGCCGACGGGAUCUACGAUCUCUUUCACUUCGGCCACGCUCGCUCCCUCGAGCAAGCUAAAAAAUCGUUUCCGAAUACAUACUUGCUAGUUGGAUGCUGCAAUGAUGAGGUUACACACAAGUUCAAAGGCAAGACCGUUAUGACUGAAUCGGAGCGUUAUGAAUCCCUUCGCCAUUGCAAGUGGGUUGAUGAGGUUAUUCCUGAUGCCCCAUGGGUGAUUGAUCAAGAGUUCUUGGACAAGCACAAUAUAGAUUACGUCGCUCAUGAUUCUCUCCCUUAUGCUGAUGCAAGUGGAGCUGGCAAUGAUGUUUAUGAAUUUGUCAAAGCUGUGGGGAGGUUUAAAGAGACCAAAAGGACUGAUGGGAUUUCAACAUCUGACAUCAUUAUGAGGAUAGUGAAGGAUUAUAACCAAUAUGUGAUGCGCAAUUUGGACCGUGGAUAUUCAAGAAAGGAGCUUAAUCUUAGCUAUGUCAAGGAAAAGCGACUAAGGGUAAAUAUGCGACUAAGGAAGCUGCAAGAGAAAGUUAAGGAGCAUCAAGAAAAGGUUGGAGAGAAGAUACAAACAGUUGCAAAAACUGCUACGAUUCACCGGAACAUGUGGGUUGAAAACGCCGACAGAAUGGUUGCUGGAUUCCUCGAGAUGUUUGAGGAACGUUGUCACAAAAUGGUGAGCUGUACUCACCACCAAUACUCUCUAUGUUCCACGCCAAGGCGUAUUCAUAUUCCUUCCAGCCAUUCUCAAUUUUUUUUUUCCGCUUCCAUUUCUCAGGGAACCGCCAUUAGGGAUCGCAUUCAAGAGAGUCUAAGGGGACAGAAUGCACGGGGCUUAUUGGACUACGGCGAAGAAGGCGAAGGCGACGACGAAGAGUACUACUAUGAUUCCGAGGAAGAGUACUAUGAUGAUGAUGGAUACUAUGACAGUGAUGAGAAAUGACUGGCCUUGUACAUUCAGCUGUGAGUAAUUGUACCGUGUGCUGCUUGUUGCCAACUCUUGUGUUGUCUGACUUUUCAUGAAAUAUUAUAGGUGAAUUAAUCUGUUUGAUUUAUCAGCUGUUGCUGGCAGUUUGAGAUUUUGGUUUGUUGAUUGAUUUUCCUUUUGAUUUUUUUUUUCUUGGUGUGAUUAUAGUUGCCAGUAUAUAUAGCUUAUUACUGGGAUUAGAACAGCAAUGAAUCCAAAUGUACCAAUGUUAACACUGUGGAAGAAUCUCUCUCUCUCUC